AUGGGGUACACUAUUCUAGGCGCGCGCGGUUCUUUUUCUUCGCGCGCGGCCCGUCGCGCUGCCCGCGCGCCUUGUGUGCUGCGCUCGACCCCCCGCGCCUUCGUCGCCGCGGUCGGGCCUGCAGCAACAGCCGCGGCAGAGACUGCAGUCGCGGCCGUCGCAACUGCUGCAGCAGCCGCCGCCGCCUCUCCUGCCGCGGCCGCCGCUGCAUCUACAGCAGCUGCAGCCGCCGCAUCUACUGCAGCAGCCGCCGCUGCAGCUACAGCAGCAGCAGCCGCCGCAUCUUCUGCAGCAGCCGCCGCUGCAUCUACAGCAGCAGCAGCCGCCGCAUCUUCUGCAGCAGCCGCCGCUGCAUCUACAGCAGCAGCAGCUGCCGCAUCAUCUACAGCAGCGGCCGCCGCCGCAUCUACGGCAGCAGCAGCCGCCGCAAUCUACAGCAGCGGCCGCCGCAGCUACAGCAGCAUCAGCCGCCGCUGCCUCUGCAGCAGCAGCCGCCGCCGACCCAGCAGCAGCAGCCGCCGCCGAUCCUGCAGCAGCCGCAACCGCCGAGUCUACUCCAUCGGCCGCCGCCGGCCCUGCAGUCCCUACUUGAAAUUUGACACCUGGCUCGAUGAUCUGCACCUUUUCCUACAGCUCACUGCCAAGGAAGACAUUUCACUGUACGACCACGCCCUAGGCCAUGCUACUGCCCCUGACUCCUCUGCUGCUAGCACACUGCGCUCCCAGUGGCAGACCCGCGACGCACACGCUCGCUUUGCUAUCCGCAACUCCCUGCCGCUAGAUGAGCGCGAGCACUUCGGCCAGUGCAAGACUGCUAAGGAACUGUACACAGCCGUAGUUGCUCGCUACUCCUCGCCUGCGUCUGCCACCCUAGGCCGCCUCUCCCUGCCCUACCUGUUCCCCGACCUGGCCUCCUUUCACACUGUCGCUGAUCUCAUCACCCACCUCAAGACUAGUGAGGCCCGUUUUCGCGCUGCUAUGCCUGCCGAGUUCCUUGCUAGCAACCCCCCCCCGCUCUGGCUCACCCUCUACCACAUUGUCACCCGCCUCCCUGACUCUCUGCGCACAGUCAGGGACUCCUUUCUAGCUCGCUCCCCUACUGAGCUCACCAUUGCCCUCCUCGAGAAGGACCUACUUGCAGCUGAGGCGAGCAUCGUCGCCGUAGGUGCCUCUCGUGGCGAGCCCCGCACCCCCUUCUUCGAGGGGUGUUCCCCUUCCCCCCUUCUCCCCUCUGUCGCCACUGCUGCUGCUGUCGACCUCCUUGGUGCUGAGAAGGUCGGGGCUGCGUCUGCUUCGAGCGGGCGCCGCAAGAGCAGGGGGGGCAAGGGUGGGGGGGGGGGAGGGGGGGGAGGCGGGGGUGGAGACAGUGGAGGUGGCGGUGGGUCUGGAGAGGCUAGUGGCGGCAGUGGGGGUGGUGACAGCGGCGGCGGGGGUGGUGGCAGAGGCGGAGGUGGCAGCGGCGGCGGUGGCGGUCGUGGCCGUGGCAGGGGUGGAGGUGGCCGAGGCGGGGUGGCGGGUGGCGGUGGUGGUGGUGGCCGUGGAGACGCUGGAGGUGGCCAGAGUCAGCAGCACGCCCCGACCCUCCAGGCCGCCCGUGAGUGGUACGCGCAGCGUGGGUACACUUGCACGUACGUCAUCCGCACUGGUGACCGCACUGGCCAGCCAUGUGGGAGGCCGCACCCCACGCAGCGCUGCUUCCAGCGCCUGACUGACGCGUGGCGCAUCCAGUUUCCUGGGUCUACUGAGCUCCCCCGCUGGCCUGAGCUGGAAAAGAAGGGUGUUGAUAUCUGGGCUUUAGACUUUGAUGCUAUUCUCACUGCUAUGUAUGCGAUGUCUAUUAGUGGAGAGGGUGCCCAGUACUUGCGUGUUCCGCCCGACCCGGGCAUUCAGGCCAGCCCAGCUGCUGCUCUAGGUGCUAGUGUGUCUGCUCCCACAGGUCCUGCUGCAGCAGCUGCCCUAGGUGCUAGUGCGUCUGUGCCCCCUGGUACUGAGUCGACUGCAGCACUGCACACCUUCACACUGGACUCAGGUGCUUCUCGCUCUUUCUUUCGUGACCGCACUGUCCUUGAGCCACUAGCUCGGCCGGUUGCUGUCUCUCUUGCUGACCCCUCUGGGGGUCCGGUCAUUGCGACCUCCUCCACUACACUUCCGUGUCCAGCGGUUCCGUCCGGCACGCUCUCAGGUCUCUACCUCCCCUCGUUCUCUACGAACUUGGUGGCAGGUUGUGCGCUGCAGGACGGGGGUGUUCACCAGUUCACCCCUGCCUACGAGCGUGUGACACACUGCACGUGUGCUCGGACGGGCCGCCACCUGGCUACUUUCACUCGAGAGCCGGGGUCGGACCUGUACACACUGACCACUGAGUCCCUUCAGGUAGCUGCGUCUGCGUCUGCGUCAGGUCAGCUGUCCGCCCCCUGCUCGUGUCGCUCUCUGGCGCAUGAGACUGUCCUCUGGCACCACCGCCUUGGUCACCCGUCUGUGCAGCGCCUUCGGGCCAUGCACAAACGGGACCUUGUUGCUGGUCUUCCCAGGGUGCUCCCUCCCCUUCCCGACUCCCCUGCUCCUGACUGCAUUCCCUGUGUCGAGGGGCGGCAGCGCGCCGCUCCUCACUCCUCCUCCUUUCCCCCGACGACUGCUCCCUUGCAGACGCUCCACAUGGACGUGUGGGGCCCAGCCCGCGUCCGUGGUCAGGGUCAGGAGAGGUACUUCCUGAUAGUUGUUGACGACUACUCGCGCUACACCACGGUCUUCCCCUUGCGCGCCAAGGGUGACGUCCCUGGUGUUUUGAUCCCCUGGAUCAGCCGAGCCCGUCUCCAGCUAGGCAAGCGCUUUCACUCGGACUUUCCUGUCCUGCGCUUGCACUCUGACAGAGGUGGUGAGUUCGCCUCCGACCUCUUGGCAGCCUACUGUGCUGAGCACGGCAUUGAGCAGUCGUUCACGCUUCCGGCCUCUCCGCAGCAGAAUGGGGUCGCUGAGCGCCGCAUUGGCCUAGUCAUGGAGGUCGCUCGUACCUCCCUGACCCAUGCGGCUGCUCCCCACUUUCUGUGGCCGUUUGCGGUCCGAUACGCUGCGCAUCAGCUCAACCUCUGGCCCCGUGUCUCCUUGCCGGAGACUUCCCCGACUCUGCGGUGGACGGGAGAGGUUGGCGAUGCGUCGCGUUUCCGGGUCUGGGGAUCUCGAGCUUUUGUCCGCGACACGUCCGCGGACAAGCUCUCGCGUCGCGCCGUUCCCUGUGUCUUUCUUGGCUUUGACGUCACUUUUGACGAGUCCGUCCCCUUCUACCGCCUCUUCCCCUACCGCACUGCCCCGCUCCCCCCCCCGCCUCUCUUCCUCGCUCCAGGUGCUGAGGUACCAGACCCCCUCCCCCCUCAGGGUGCCGCUCCCUCAGGUGUGUCCCAGGUAGACCCGGGUGAGCCUGUCGAGGUAGCUGUUGACUCGCGUCCUGCGUCUGGGGGUGCUGAGCCUGGGGGUGCUGAGUCUGGGGGUGCAGAGCCUGGGGGUGCUGAGCCUGGGGGUGCUGAGUCUGGGGGUGCGGAGCCUGGGGGUGCUGAGCCUGGAGGUGCGGAGCCUGGGGGUGCUGAGCCUGGAGGUGCGGAGCCUGGAGGUGCGGAGCCUGGAGGUGCUGAGUCUGGGGGUGCUGAGUCUUCGGGUGCUGAGCCUGAGCGUACUACACCUGGAGGAGCCCUCUCCUCCCAGCAGCUGCAGGAGAGGUACCUCGAGUACUGCCGCCUCCGGAGAGGUGCUUCUGGAGCUCGUCCCAGUACUUCCCCUCCUACCCAGGAGCUCCCCCCCAUUCAGGUGAUCCGAGAGUGGUACACACGGCGCUGCAGUCUUCGGAGUGGUGCUCCUGGUGCUGCGGACCCGAGCGGUGGCGCUGUUGCUGGUGCUGAGGACCCGGACGCUGGAGCUGCUGCUGGUGCUGAGGACCCGGGCGUUGGAGCUACUGCUGGUGCUGAGGACCCGACCGGUGGCGCUGCUGCUGGUGCUGAGGACCCGGGUGUUGGAGCUGCUGCUGGUGCUGAGGACUCGGGCGUUGGGGCUGCCGCUGGUGUCCCUGCUGGUUCUGGAGACGCUGCGCGGCCGCGACCGUACUUCGUACCACUCCUUCAGCAGGUUCUUGGUCAGGCUCCUCCUCCUAGUCCUCCUCCCUCCGUCGAGUGUCCUCUGCCUGUCCAGCCGCAGUCACAGUUACCGCCUGCCUCGCCUCUCCCUGCUCCCUCUCCUUACGCUGGUCCCACAGGAGGUCUUACAGAGCGUCGUGAGCCUGAGUCUCGUCCUGCGUCGCCUGUUCGUACUACUCGCACUGGUCGUCGUGUCCCGCGUGAGCGUCCUCCUCCUGUCCCUGGCACUCACUACAUGACUUUGCGUCCCUCCACUGCUCCGCAGCGUGUCCCGCUGCCGUCUCCUCCUGCGUCCUCUCUUCCUACUCUUCCUGACCCGGAGUCUGACUCCCGUCGUGCGGCCAGUCCCACUGUUACGCGUCUCCUCGCUACAGUUGUCACUGACCCGACCUUUGAGUCCUCUGCUGCGUCUGCUCUGGUCGCUGAGUUGGUUGACUUUGCUGCUCGCUGUCGCUUAGACUACGCUGCCAGCCUUGUCGCUGAACAGGAGGAGUUCCAGUGCUUUGCUGCUGCUUUGCCCCAUCUCGUGUCCAUGCUUGUUGCCCCUGAGGGAGACCCGGAUGCACCAGACAUCCCGACCCCGCGCUCUUACGCCGAGGCGAUGGCGGGUCCCUACUCCUCUCAGUGGCAGACAGCCAUGGACGCAGAGAUGGCUUCCUGGAAGUCCACAGGCACCUACGUCGACCAGGUUCCCCCUCCUGGGGCGAACAUCGUCAGUGGCAUGUGGAUUUUCGGGGUGAAGCGGCCGCCGGGUUCUCCUCCUGUCUUCAAGGCACGCUACGUGGCUCGAGGCUUCAGUCAGCGAGAGGGGAUGUCGACUUCUUCCAGACCUUCUCCCCCACCCCGAAGAUGA